GGGAACCGCCUGUCGGGUCGCUGAGCCACAGCCUCGCAGCUGCCCGGGCCUUCCGCGGCCCCAACCCCCGGCCGGCCCCGGGGGCCUGGCGGUGACGGCGGCGCCUGGUAGCGGGGGAUUUGGAUGCUCGGCCGGCGGCUCCCCCGCCCGCACCACCUCCGGGGGUUUGGCCGCCGGGACUUAUCUCGGUGCCUUCCCGGCAUGCCCCGCUCGCAGGCGGCCGCCAGUCCCGCGCCCGGACUUUGCCAUCGCGGGGGGCCCGGCCGCGGGAGCGCCCCGCCUGCGUCCCGGAGCCGCAGCCUCAGCUUCAGCCCAUGCGGGGGAUUGACCGGGACUGAGGGAGCCACCUGGAAGCAUGGAGACCGUGGUGAUUGUUGCCAUAGGUGUGCUGGCCACCAUCUUUCUGGCCUCGUUUGCAGCCUUGGUGGUGGUUUGCAGGCAGCGCUACUGCCGGCCUCGAGAUCUCCUGCAGCGCUAUGAUUCCAAGCCCAUUGUGGACCUCAUCGGCGCCAUGGAGACCCAGUCUGAGCCCUCGGAGCUAGAACUGGAUGAUGUCGUCAUCACCAACCCCCACAUCGAGGCCAUUCUGGAGAAUGAAGACUGGAUUGAAGAUGCCUCGGGUCUCAUGUCCCACUGCAUUGCCAUCUUGAAGAUUUGUCACACUCUGACGGAAAAACUUGUUGCCAUGACAAUGGGCUCAGGGGCCAAGAUGAAGACCUCAGCCAGUGUCAGUGACAUCAUCGUGGUGGCCAAGCGGAUCAGCCCCAGAGUGGACGAUGUUGUGAAGUCAAUGUACCCUCCGUUGGACCCGAAGCUCCUGGAUGCCCGGACAACUGCCCUGCUCCUGUCUGUCAGUCAUCUGGUGCUGGUGACCAGGAACGCCUGCCACCUGACCGGGGGCCUGGAUUGGAUUGACCAGUCGUUGUCAGCUGCCGAGGAGCACUUGGAAGUCCUUCGAGAAGCAGCCCUGGCUUCGGAGCCAGAUAAAGGUCUCCCAGGCCCUGAAGGCUUCCUGCAGGAGCAGUCGGCCAUUUAGCGCCUACCAGCCCGCAGCUGGUCACAGGGCCAGCCUGCUGCCAUGGCUGGCUGGCUCAGCUGUGCCUUCUACUUCUUCCUGUAGAGUUAGUUCUACACAGCUGGGGAGUCCAGCUGUGUGUGUGUAGUAAAGCAGUCGAUGCCUCUGUUGUAGUUACAAAUGGUGGCUGGUGAGUGGCAGUCUAAUCCCACAGUUAGGGGAGAUGACAGUCACCAUCUGUACAGCAGAGCUUUGAAAACUGGAGGACUGUAAGCUUUAUUUAGCUCACCUAGUGUUUUCAAGAAAAUCCAGCCACCAUCUAAGAAUCAGGACGUUUCACAUUAAAUCAGAAUGUCUGGUUUCUCUCGAACAAUCAGAAGUUGAGGCAACUCUGAUCUGCAUUUUCCACAGAGGACAAUCAAUUGGAACUACGUAGGAGUUGCCUCUCUUGACAAUACUUGUACUCUCUCACCUGGCCUGUUUCAUUUAUUUGUAUUAUCUUCCCGGUCCCUGAGGCAUCUGGGUCCCUCCUUCUUUUUACAGGUUUGGGUUUGAAGGUGAGCAACGUAGAGUUGAUCAUUCCCUUUUUAUCAUUAUGCCUGCAAUUUUACCUAGCUACCACUAGGUGGAGAGUAAAUGUAUACUUAGCUUUCCCUCAA